UUAUUGGGAACAAAAUCAGCAAGAGUGGACCGUAAUUGGUUUCUAUAAAAGAUUGAUUGAGCACAAUCCUACCGUCACCAAAAGAAUAGCUGUUGGAAUUUUGAAGAACGACCCACUUGAGUUAAGGGUAGCUUUUGUAUCAAACAAGGCCAUAAAAAAGAAGAUCGACGUACUUUGCCCCGAACUGAAAAAAUCAACCACAAUCAUCGCAGAGUUCUGGAACAAGCACAGUGAGACACUCAAGGAAAUAGCUCUUGAAAAUUGCGUGGAAGAAAGUAUGGUGGAACGUGAGCUGAAAAGAAAAGCCGUGGAAAGUAUAAGUAGGCCUUCUUCAUCAAUGACAACUCCGGAACCCACACCUAAUAAGCGUUUGAGGAGUAAAAAGAUAAAGCAGAAGGAAAGAGCCGAUGAGUCUGAGCUGGUGGAGUCAGAUCAUGUAUUUAUUGCUGGCUGUGACGUAUCAGUAGGAACUAUGAUCAAACGGGCUGCUCGUAAAAUACAUGAAAACAACCAGUCUUUGUCUUGCCGAGAACGAAAAAUCAUGACAUCAGGAUUAUCUUCUAUACUGGAUUUGUCGGAUGAUUCAUUCGAUUCACAACGCUCCCUUUUCACUGAUGAACAAUGGUACGAACUCCAUGCAAGAUACGAACCUAUGUUUAAAACAUCUGUAUAUGAACUUGAUCCUCUUUCCCAAGAUUUUUUAAAGAUUGCUUGUUGUACUCUUGAACUGACCAACGAUUAUGACUGUGUCCUGAAAUAUCUACGAAAAGCACAGGAGCAGUGCAGUCGCGUAUUGGGAUUACCUUUAAAAAUACCAGAGCAUAUUUUGUAAGUAUCACUAAAUCAUAUAUAGCAUUGAAAUUAAAUAGGAUGAACCAGAGAUCUGAAGUGUCCAUAAUUUUUGUAUUUGUUUUUUCAUCCACCACUUUAAGCGCUUUAUCGACUGCAUCUUUGGCUUCCCUCACCAACCUCCCUUCGUCUUUAGCAGCUUUUGAAUUGG